GUCGCUAAGCAACCAGCCCCGGAAGUCGCGAGUCGGGGGCGGGCCCCGAGAGCGGGCGGAAGAUGGCGGAGGGCGGCCGCGCGGAGCCGGAGGAGCAGGAGAGGGGGUCCUCGAGGCCACGGCCCCCGAGUGCGCGGGACUUACAGUUGGCCUUGGCAGGACUGUACGAAGAGGAAGUGAAAUGCAAGUCUUCCAAGCCUGACAGACCUACAGCUGCAGCCUUUAAGAGUCCGCGGACACUGCCCCAUCGGCUUUAUUCAGGUGAACAGGAAUAUGGUGGAUUACAUAUAGUUCAACCUCCAACUGGGAAAAUUGUGAAUGAACUUUUCAAAGAGGCAAGGGAGCAUGGGGCCGUCCCUCUAAGUGAAGCUACAAGAUCUUCAAGUGAUGACAAAGCCAAGUCAUUUACAGGUGGAGGAUACAGAUUGGGCAGUUCCUUCUGUAAGCGUUCAGAGUACAUCUAUGGAGAACAUCAGCUGCAAGAUGUUCAAGUUUUGCUGAAGCUGUGGAGCAAUGGUUUUAGUUUAGAUGAUGGAGAAUUGAGACCUUACAAUGACCCAACAAAUGCUCAGUUUUUGGAAUCUGUUAAGAGAGGAGAGAUUCCCCUGGAGCUUCAGCGACUGGUCCAUGGCAGCCAAGUGAAUCUGGAUAUGGAGGAUCAUCAAGACCAAGAGUAUAUAAAACCCAGAUUGCGAUUUAAGGCUUUUAGUGGAGAAGGGCAAAAACUUGGAAGCCUUACACCUGAAAUCGUCAGUACUCCUUCCUCCCCAGAAGAAGAGGAUAAAUCAAUACUUAAUGCAGCUGUUCUUAUUGAUGAUUCAGUUCCCACUACAAAAAUUCAGAUCAGGUUGGCAGAUGGAAGUCGUCUGAUACAGAGAUUCAACAGCACACACAGGAUUCUGGAUGUCCGAGACUUUAUAAUACAGUCACGUCCUGAAUUUGCAACAACUGACUUUAUUCUUGUGACUUCGUUUCCAAGUAAAGAGCUGACAGAUGAAAGUCUGACCCUACAAGAAGCAGAUAUUCUUAAUACCGUGAUACUCCAACAGCUAAAAUAGUAUUGCUCCAACCCAUGUAGGAAUAGGUAAUGUGCGUAUUAGUAAAAUACUUUCAGCAUAAAAACAACCCAAUUUUUUACCAUUCAGAUAAAUUCUGUUUUUGCUGUUGAUCUAUCUUCCAGUAUUUGUCUAGAUAAAUUUAGACUACAGAUAGAUCUUGAUGUUUGAAUUUUUAGUUGCAGAGCUGGCUUCAAUUGAUAGCUGUAAACAUCUAGGUCAGCCAGCUUACUGUAUGCUCCGUGUCAAUGUAAUAAUGUUUUCAGAUGAAGUAAAAAGAACUCUUUUUUGGUAAAUGUAUUUGGUAAAAUUUGUGCUCAAGUUUUUUAAUGCAGCAAUGAACAGUAGCCAGUAAAGAUCCCUUUCUGUAAUAUAUACCAGAAUGUCUGCUCUGAGUUUGACACUGUUUGAUCAUAUAAUAAUUAAGAUUUUGCAUAUUCUUUUUACGUAUUGUUUGAACUAUGUUAGUAUUUUGGCCUUGUAUUUUGUAAAAUUGCAAGUAUCAUAAACUAAAUUUUAGUAGAUGUAAAAGUCAUCUGCUCUUGAGAAGACAUGAUAGACAGCACUUUAAAAUCAAGAAAUUAUAGUCCCUUCCAGAGCCUGCCUGGAUCACUUUCAUUUGUUCAUUCAACAUUUUAAUAGGGGAUCUAUUACACAUAGGAACGCUAUUGAAGGUAUGCAACCCAGAGUGUAUUCUUCAGUGUAUGAACUCUGUCUGAGAGACUGGAGCAAAAAUUACUAGCAAGAUGUUUGUUUUCCUUAUCCAGGCAUGUCUUAAAUGCUUCACAACAGAAAAGCAUGUUUCCCCUCAGACACCAUUCUAUCCUUAGUCACCAUUUCCAGGUAACUUUCUGUUGUUGAUGUAAGAAAUACAGAAUUUGUGACUGAAGUAGCACAGAUUUUAUUCUCUUAAAAGUAUGUAGGUCGGAAAUUGAAAAUGAGUUUCUCUGUGCUACAAUCAAGGUGUUGGUGGGACCCUAGACAAACAUUCUCUGGCUGUUGAGCCUCGAGAGGCCACCUCUGUUCCUUACCCAUGGUGCUCUCCCUCAUCGACCCGCCAGCACUUGUGUCCUUUGAGCCUUCUGUAGUUACACCGUUCUCUGCUUUUGAGGACAUGUAAGGUGAGAGAGGAUGCACAGACAAACGCACCCAUGAUCAUCGCCAAAUGUUACUUAUGGUAACCUUAAUCAUCCUUCAGAGCUGCUCUUUCCAUUUCAGUUACACCUUCAUGGGAGUGGGGACAUUGAUAUGGUCACUGUGGUGACAGCCCACAAUAUCUCAGAGAUUCAUUUACCAAAUAACUCCCCCCGUCCAUCCAGAGGUGCUCAGAAAUCUCAAUGUAUCCAACCGACUCAAAGUCCAAAACCUUAUCUGCAUUUCAUUGGUUCAGAAGUCCCAAAUCUCAUUAAGAUUAGCUAAAUUAAGUAGAGAUUUCAUCUCGGCCUAUGACACUAAAAGCUAAUUAUUUGCUCACAGGUAAGUGUCAGGACAGCUAUAGAAUAAGCUACGAACAUUGAUGUGUAAAAGACAGGAAACAGUGAAAAGUGGAGCCACUGUCACCAAGGAGCAUGCAAAUCCAACCAGACGUCCCAUCAACAUCUGAGGCCCAACAUUAAUGUGUGGCUCUCGUGACUUAGUCUUCUGAGUGUUGACUGUGUCGUCAUCUUCCUCUCACAGAAGCCGCACAGCUUGUUUCUUCUUCUCCUCGUGUUGUGCUGUGCACCUUUCACUUUACAAUGGCAACGAUCUGUCAAGAAACUUAAGGAUCUCCCGUGUGUCAUGGAGAUUGGCUCCAUCAAACAGGAAGUUCUUCCAAGCAUCUUUCUACUAACAGAAAUAAUCCCCUCACUAAUUUUUAGUUUUUCAGAGAAAACAGAACUGUGUCAUACCAUAAUCUCUUCGAGAGCCUUCUGUGUGACUGAAUAUGCAAACCAUUUUAUUACAUGUGUGGUGUGCAUGCUUGUGUGUGUGUCUGGACGGGUGUUUGGGAGAAGUCUGAAGUUGAUGUUGGGAAUCUUCCUCAAUCUCUUUCCACUGUAUUCAGUCAGUCAGGGUCUCAGGUAAACCCAGAGCUCAGCAGUACAGCUAGUCUGGCCAGCCUACUCCAGGAACUCCUGUCUCCACCCAACAUGGCAAGCACUUUAGCUCCUGAGCCGUUCCCAGCCCUUCAGACCUUUGGUUCCCUCUCGUGUUAUCUAAGAGUUGUACACCCACACCCUCGUUUCUGAACAUCAGCUUUCCCCACAGUGUUGUCACUUUUAAAAUACCUUUCUUAAGUGCUUGUCGUUCAGGUAGGACCGAGAAUUCCUUCCACUAAGCCCUGGUUUCUUCUUAUAUGUCACCUUUUCACACAGUUUCUGUUUACUGUAAAACUCACUAUAACCAGGAAGAGGAAAACAGGUUAAAGUUUACCUGAAAUUUUCAGCUUACUCUUAAGCUUAUCAUGUACAAAUCCUGCUUUGCACGUAACUGUACAACUCAGCUAAGCUGCAGUUCUAAAAGAUUACCAAAGCCAGCUGUGGGCACACAUGCCUGAUACCACCACUUCAGACCUAAGGAAAGAGCACUGUGACCUAGAGGCCAGCCUGGGCUAUAGUGUGAGACUGCCUUAAAAAAAAAAAACAAAAAAAAAAAAACAAAAAAACAGAUAAUCUAGCUUUCUGAUGAACCACACAGUGGCUGGAGGGAUGGAAUCAGCAGAUGGAGCAGGGAUGAGGAUCCAUUGAAAGCCUGGCAGGCAUAGUGGCUUCCUCUAGACUCAGCAUGUGGCAGAGCUCUGCAACACAGGACUAACCAGAUUAACUAAACAGGAUAGCUCCAGGUUCAGCAAGACCCUCCCCCUUCAAUAAAGAAUGUCAACUUCAGGCCUCUAGGCACACACAUGGGCUUGCAUACUGUGUGUGUGUAUGUGUGUGUGUGUGUGUGUGUGUGUCCCCACCCAACACAUACACACAAAAAGGACCAGUAACACCUUAUUCACUGUAAAUAAAAGGGCAUUACCUGUUUUAAAAACAGGGAAAAAAAUAUCCAACCCUUGUAAAAUAAUUUGAAUUUUUCUCGUAGCUUUUUUAUCAGUUGUGUUAAGUACCUACAAAUUCAAAUGCUAAUGACUGCCAUUUUUGUGUAUAAGUCUUCCAGAAGACAGAAGUGUGUGUUAUGACAAGAAUUGAAUGCCCAUACAAUGACAAGUCCUUUCACAGAUACUACAGUAUAGGCUUUAUUGAGAACCCAUUUAUUUAUACUGUAGUACUGUAACUUUUCACAUGUAUCAUCACAAAGCAAGGCCGCACAAUGACACCUUGUCAGACAAGUGUCUGCGGACAGUUGUUUCAAAUGAUGAUGUAAUAAAAAAGUUUGCAGUGUCUUCCUGCUAAUAGUGUUUUUGUUCAAACUUGUUGACUAUGUUUUUAAAAUUAUCCUUGAUGUGCAGUUUGAUUUCAGUGGUUGACUGGGUUACUUUGAACGUGAGUCUUCACGGGGUUUAAUUGCCCCUUGUUUGGGGGCAGAGACGGGCCUGAGCUAAGACAGUGUUGUCUCAGUUUCCUGUGGUUGGUUGUUUUUAUUCUACCACAUGAACAGAUUCAGGUACCUCCUGACUGUUUUCCCCUGUGUAUUUCUGAAAACAUUGGCAUAAAGUAUAUUAUAAUAAGGUACAUUCAGUUUUCCCCUUAUGAGUUUGUACCCAUGUUGAUAUUUGGCUAAUAGUGCUGAAAGCUGAAGAAAUUUUUAUAAAUCUCUAAAAUAUUUAGUGUACACUAAUUUCAAUUAAGAGUUGUAAACGCGUGCAUGUGUGCAUGCGUGUUUUAUAGCCCAGUACAAUGACCUAUGUGGCCUACAGCUAAUAACAUGUAGCUUCGCAGUUUUGCCUAAUAGAGAACGCAGAGCUGUGACAUGGGGGCCGUGGGAAGAUGGCUCUUUAGACAGUUUGAACUUGAUGACCUCUCUUCCUUAGAUAAAUGUUUACAUAGGAAGCAGAAAGACUCAGAAUCACUUUACUCCACAGCCACCUUAGGAGCUCCCUUGAUGCUGCAGUUGAUUUCGGAGGGGACUUCUGAAAGGGGAGAUGUCGGGAAAGCAAGUGAGUCUCCACUGGUUGUAUCAUAACACUCCCUGUACUGCAAGACCAAAUAAAUGACCAGUAAUUCAGUAUGUGGACAUAAAGACCUUGCACAGAAUUAUCAACACAGUCCUUUCCUGUUGGCAAGUUAAGAUAUUGUAUGCUAAUUAGGAACUCAAAAAGGGACCAGGAGAUUAAAGGUGGGUGUCAGCUGCCCCUGUGUUGAACAGUCUCUACCCUCCUUCCUUUUUCCCCUGCAGUUUGCAUUGGCUUGUAGUGUAUCUGAGUACUGAGCAUUCAGAAAGACAACUAAACGUCCUUGUGUUUUGUGACUGACUUGGUGUUUGUGCUUUUCUUCUCUACACAGUGUACAUUUGAAUGUGUCUUUCAGAACACUUAUUACGGAAGGUUCAUUGGUGUGGUUUUCAUAUUUAACAUCUUCCUUAUUUUAGUUUUGAUUUUUACCUCUAUGACAAAGUCUUAUUUCCUUGCUAACUUUGCCACUUUUAUUUUAAGAUCAAGAAUAAUAACUCAUUUUUAGUGUUAUAUGACAAUAUGUGUUAAUUAAAAAGUGGCAAAAAAAAAAAAAGGUACAGUUUUUCAGGAAAUGGUCGACUUGAACAUCGUAUGUGAGCAUAGUUGAGAGCAAGUGGAUGACCUGCUUUCAGUAGCCUGAAAUUUUUACUGAAGUUGAAUGUUGUAAGAGAAGUAAUUCUUAAAUGUUUAUAUUUUCUGUAGAUUAAUGUUAAGUUCAACAUUCCAUGGCAUGAGGUAUUUUUAUAUAAUAUUCAUAUAAUAAAGUUGUAUGCAAAUACA